UGUGAAAGAGCACAAUUUUGUGGGACAGUAGGACAUAUCUAUAAUAAGCUAGCGUACGUAACAUUUUGUUAAUUUUUAUGUAAAUUAUAUAUCUCACAUCAAAGUUGUACAUUUAAAUGUGUAAAGGCUUAUCGAUUUAUAAUCUAUGAAACCAUUAUACGAAAACUGUGGUAUUAAAAACCUGUUUUCUCUUACCCAUAUAUUUAAUACCGAGAAACUUGGGAUUACCUCAUAAUUGUAAUAGCGAUAUAUGGAUUGCGUUGACUGAAAAUCUAUAGUGUACGUCACGUACACUAUAGAUUUUCAGUACUGGCAGUGAAUAUCGGAACGCAAUCAUAAUCGGUUUUAUCUAAUUUGUUAUCUAAUCGUUAAUUUGUCAUUUGUAUUCUGUAUUUUAUGAUUAUUAUUAUUUUCUAUAUACUCGAAUUUCUUUAUUUAUUUUAAUAAAAUAGUCUAUUUUUUUGCCGGAUAAUGUUAUCCAUCUUCAUUGCGAGAAUGUUUUCUUCCAAAGCUAUAACUUUGGAAGAAAAGUAUAGUUUGAGAUAUAUCUCUCCAAAUCGCAAGCGUAAAAAAGGACGUACACGAUUCGACGCUCUUUCUUGGUGUGGGAUAUUGAAAUUCAAAUGAAGACUGUCCAAUCCCUAUAAACAACUAACUCAUGAAAUAUUAAAAUGCUUACAAAACAACUGCACAUACACGCAAGCUAAUACAGCUUACCUAUGUUUCUUCUGUUUUUUAUGGAUGUUUAUUUAAAACAGCAUAACAUUUUUUCUUAAAACGGAUUUUGUUACUAAGAUUUAUUCAAGUUAUUAUCUUUUGUUGUAACAAAUAAAAUAUGAGAUUUUAAUGUUUGCCCAUAAUCCCCAUGCCUACUCGAUAACAGAAUGUGCCUAUGGCCGUAUUAAAAUAUUAAUUUGUUAAAUUAGCUAUUUAUCCUUCGAUUACGAGAGAUACAUCAACAUUCGAGUAAAUCGAAGUUGAGCAUUCCGGUAUGAAACGUUUUGAACGACGAUUUGCAUCAAACUUGGAAAAUUGCGUUUUAUUCAUAAAUAUUCCAUGGCGUAUACCAUUUCGAAAAAACAACAGGCAGGACGCCGCGCCAGUCGGUGGAUCGGGUCAUAUUUCUUAGCGUUCUAGAGAGGCCGGCCACGCAGACCGGAACGAUCAUUCUCCUCAUUCCAGCGGACGCAGUGAGUACAAGAACAGAUCGUACGUCGUGCCAGUUUUCCGUGCUGUCUGCUAAUACAUAUAUUUAAGUGUCAUCAUAAUCUCACAUUUAUUUAGCAUACUCGUCAACAAAAUUUAUUUAUUAUGUGAUAAAAACAUAUAUAUUAUACAUUUUUACUUUACUAAGCGUGACGAUGUCGGAGACUGGUUUGUGCGUACGUCGUUUACACGUAAGCUAAUACUUGUGUAUCGAGCAGGCAAGCGUCUAUAGUGAUGGGUGAGUGUUCGGCUAUAUGUAUAAUUUGAAGAUAAACUCGGUAGGAGAAAACAUUCGAUGGCCUUACAAGUUGGAGCUACAAUGUCGUGCAAUACCGCGUAUCUCACGGACGCCGGAUUCACGCGCAAAGCCGCGACGCUUUCGAUGAUUUUGCUAGGUGGUGCUUCUUUGUACUGUUUCUUCAGUCGUCGGCGGAAAAUAAAUGCUCGGGAUCUUAUCAUAAUAACCGGUUGCAAUUCCGGUUUGGGCUAUAGCCUAGCGAUGCACUGUCGUGCCAAGGGUGCGACGGUUUUGGCCGGAGUGCGCGAAACAGCAACAAUGCCUAAUUCUAACGCUGCUGUUGAAGCAUUGGAGAACAAAGGCGUCAUCGUUCAUCAACUCGAUAUCACGAAUGAACGAUCCGCUCGAGACUUUCGAGACAAAGUUAAGAGCUUGUUGAAGGAACGGCAAUUAGAACUGUGCGCGUUGGUGAAUAACGCGGGGGUGAUGAUCUUCGGCGAAUUCGAGUGGCAAACGCAGAAUCUCGCGGAGCUUCAGGUAAACGUGAAUCUGUUGGGAACGAUGAGAAUCACGCGGGAGCUGAUGCCGAUUUUGCGAGAGAAUCGCAGCAGAAUUAUCGUGAUAUCCAGCCAUUGUGCCGACGAGCCUUUGCCGGGCAUAAGCAUCUAUGGGGCUACGAAGGCCGCCCUCCACGCGUGGGCCACUUCCCUUCGGGUAGAGGUCGGCAAGUACGGGGUCGAAGUGGUCUCCUUCAUACCUGGUGGUUUUGUAUCACAAAGCAACAUCAUGAAACGGCAACGGUUACACUUUGACGAAAUGAGACAACACAUGUCGGACGAAGCGAAACAAUUCUACGGCAAUUAUUUUACUCGAUACGCAGAGUACUUUUCUCUGGCUUCAUCUAUGGAAAAUCAAGGCAGUUUAAAAGUUUUGUCAGAUCCGAGAAUCUACGAAACCUUCGACAACGCUCUUCUUGACAUCUAUCCUUCGGCGGUUUACAGAUGUGAGCCGUGGAGAUAUUUCUUUUAUCGGAUAUUAUUCAAAAGCACUCCAAUAUGGAUGCGUGACCGAUUGGCACAACGCUUCGUCGUGGUGCCGUCAUGGCAGGCCGAUAAACAGUGAAUCAUCAUUAUUAUGUUACUCUAAAUAGAGUUUUCCUUCUUUAUUAUAUUCGAUGCUCUUUUGCAUUUUCUCAAAAGAAGAAUGAUUGUGAAGAAGAAUUAUGAUUUAUUUAAAAUUUAAAAAACUGAAUAUGACACAAUACGACAUUUGUAAAA